AUGCAAACUCCAUGCAAGUCCAGUCCUGACCAGGAUUCCAACCAAGAACCCCAUUGCUGCAAGGUAGUCCCUAAAUUAUGGCUUCACUUUGGCUAUUUCCAGCAGCUACAAGCCCUGUUAUUUUCUGUAGAAGAGAUAAACAAAAAUGAGGACCUUCUACCCAAUAUAACUAUGGGGCUCCAGUGGUAUGACACUUGUGCGGUGAUACCCGUGAACACAGCCGCAACUUUACAAGUACUAACUGGACUCAAUGUGGCCAUCCCCAAUUAUCAAUGUCUACACAAUGCUCCUCUCAGCGCUUUUAUUGGCUCCGCUUCCUCCACCCACUCUAUAGUUGCAGCCAAUAUUCUGGGACUCUACCGUUACCCACAGGUCAGUUAUUAUGCCACAAGCUCCCUCUUAAGUGACCGCAAAAAAUUUCCUUCCUUUUUUCGAACUGUUCCAAGUGAUGCAUUUCAAUCCAAGGGCCUGGCUAAGCUAGUUUUGCAUUUUCAUUGGAUAUGGAUUGGUCUUCUGGCUGUGGACAAUGACUACGGACAACAAGGAAUUCAGCUGGUUAAACAGGAGAUCACCAAGGCUGGAGCCUGUGUGGCCUUCACGGAGAAUAUUUUGACCGGCAAGCAAGAUCGCAAUGCUCCACACAUUGUCAAAGUCAUAAAGCAGUCAGUGGCCAGAAUUAUUGUUGUGUUUGCUCCUGGUCUUGAUUUGCUGGCAAUUCUUGAUGAAAUGACAAAGCAAAACAUCACUGGAAAAGCAUUUGUUGCCAGCGAAGGGUGGUCCACAACUACUUUACAGUAUAUGGGAGCCUUUGCUCAUCUCCUUGUUGGAACGGUUGGUUUUGCUUUUUUUAGUGAGGGGAUUCCAGGGUUUCGUGAAUAUCUUUACAAGAUCCAUCCUAACAUGACUUUUGGAGGAAACCUGGUGAAGUCAUAUUGGGAGGAAGCAUUCAGCUGUAAGUUUCCGAAUAGUAAGAAUUUGUUAAUCCAAGAAAAAGUUUGCACUGGAGAAGAGAGUCUAGACAGCAUCAAGAACAGCUACAACGAUGUCUCCAAUUUACGGGUGGCCUACAAUAUCUACACUGCAGUUCAUGUUGUGGCCAAAGCUUUGAAGGAUCUCCAAAACUGCCACAAAGCAGGAGGUCCAUUUUCUCAUGGCAGUUGUGCAAAUAUGUACAGUUUCACCUCCUGGCAGUUGCUGUAUUAUAUGAAGAGGGUGAGGGUCACUUUGAGCAGUGGGAGAGAGCUUUACUUUGAUGAGAAUGGAGACCCGCCAGCCAUCUAUGACAUUGUAAACUGGCAGAUGACCCCAGAAGGAACUAUAAGACAGGUCAAGGUUGGAAGUUAUGACACCACAGCUGCUUCUGGUCAGGUCUUUACCAUCAACUCCAGCCUUUUGUUGUGGGCCACAGAAGACCAAGAGGUUCCUGUGUCAGUAUGCAGUGAGAGUUGUAAACCAGGAUACAGAAAAGCUGUCAGAAGUGGACAGUCUGCGUGUUGCUUCCAGUGUGUCCCCUGCCCACAAGGAGAAAUCUCCAACCAAACUGAUUCUCUUGAUUGCCUGAAGUGUUCAUGGAGUGAGUGGCCAAAUCUGGAGAAAUCCAAGUGCCUUAAAAAACAACUUGAGUUCCUCUCUUUCGAUGACCCAUUGGGGUCAACUUUGGCAGCCAUAUCUGUCAUGUCAUCCAUAGCUCCUAAUUUAAUUAUGAGACUUUUUACACAUAACAGAUACACUCCCAUAGUAAAAGCCAACAACUUCUCCCUAAGUUGUCUUCUCCUGGUGUCGCUCUCUCUUUGUUUUCUUUGUUCUAUAACUUUUAUUGGGUACCCUCAACCAGAGAAAUGUCUUAUACGUCAAGUUGCAUUUGGCUUGGUUUUUACUCUGUGCAUUUCUUGUAUUUUGGCCAAAACCAUUAUGGUGGUAUUUGCUUUCAUGGCAACAAGACCAGGGAGUUCUCUAAAAAAAUGGACCAAUCCUUGUGUAUCUUAUAUGAUUAUUUUAGGAGGCUUCUUACUACAGUUUCUACUUUGUAUGACAUGGUUAUUUAUGGCUCCACCUUUUCAGCAAUACAACAUUCAAAGCAAACCUAUGUCUAUCAUCAUUGAGUGUAAUGAGGGCUCUUAUGUUGCCUUCUGGACCAUGUUGGGUUACCUAUUUCUCCUGGCCACCAUUAGUUUUGUUGUUGCCUUCCUGGCUCGGAGACUCCCUGACAGCUUCAAUGAAGCUCAAUUUAUUACUUUCAGCAUGCUGGUCUUUCUCAGUGUAUGGAUAUCUUAUAUCCCAGCAUCCUAUAGUGCCCAAGGAAAAUACACAGUGGCCAUGGAGAUCUUUGCUAUCUUGACUUCCAGUUGGGCUCUUAUCAUCUGUAUGUUUCUUCCUAAAUGUUUCAUAAUUUUGUUCAGACCUGACAUUAACUCUAAAGAAUAUCUUAUGAGAAAAGACAGAAGACAGUAGAACUGUUAUGGAGUGUUCCUUUAUCUGUUUAUAUUAAUAAGUCAAGCUUCCUUACAGUAGGUCCUUGUUACCCAUUUUAUCAGACUGUAAAAGU